GAGACAAGGGCAGUCAGAGCAGAGCUCUCCUGUGGGAGACAUGAGACCUUAGAGGGGCCAUUGGGGGCAGCUCGCGAGGACCCUUCCUCACUGGCAGGGCUGUGGCAGCCAGUUGCUUCUGGGUCCCUCCUGGGGCUGCUGCCACCAGGGUCAGGAUGCAGUGGCUCUCAGCCAGUGGCCCUUCCUGCUCCUAACACUGUCUCUCGCUGCUCGCUCCUGCAGACGUGAGGAACGAUGAACUGGGCUGGCCUCUACACGGUGCUGAGCGGGGUGAAUCGCCACUCCACAGCCAUUGGGCGCAUCUGGCUUUCUGUCAUCUUCAUCUUCCGGAUAAUGGUGCUAGUGGUGGCAGCUGAGAGCGUCUGGGGGGACGAGAAAUCUGCCUUCACCUGCAACACCCAGCAGCCUGGCUGCAACAGCGUCUGCUAUGACCACUUCUUCCCCAUCUCCCACAUCCGUCUGUGGGCCCUGCAGCUCAUCCUCGUCACGACGCCGGCCCUCCUUGUGGCCAUGCAUGUGGCCUACCAGCAGCACCAGGAGAAGAAGCUGCUGGUGCUGACGGGGCACGCGGACCCCAAGCACAUGGAGGAGGUGAAGAAGCACAAGAUGCGCAUAUCGGGUUCGCUGUGGUGGACCUAUGUCUGCAGUGUGGUCUUCAGGCUGCUCUUCGAGGCCGUGUUCAUGUACAUCUUCUACAUGCUCUACCCAGGCUACCAGAUGGUGCGGCUGGUCAAGUGCGAGGCUUACCCCUGCCCCAACACAGUUGACUGCUUCAUCUCCCGGCCUACCGAGAAGACCAUCUUCACUGUCUUCAUGCUGGUUACCUCUAGCAUCUGCAUAGUCCUCAACAUGGCGGAGCUGGUCUACCUGGUGGUGCGGGCCUGUACCCGCCGAGGCCAGCACAACUCCAAUCCCCCAUCGGGGAAAGGCUCCUUCUAUGGGCACAAGCUCUCUGAGUACAAGCAGAAUGAGAUCAACCAGCUGCUGACGGAGCAGGAUGGCUCCCUCAAGGACAUGCUGCGCCGCAACCCUGGGCUGCAGGAGAAGGGUGACCGCUGCUCUGCCUGCUAGGGUCAGCACCGUGGGGGCCACAGUCCUUGCCCCCACCCCACAGCUGCCCCACGGCCCUGUCCUGACCCUGUCCCAUGGAUAGCAUCGCUCAGGCACUGGUCCAUCCUUCCUGGA